UCUUUGCGAUGAACAUCGCCUUUUCUGCUUCACAUUUUUUCACUUGUUUCUGUUUAUUGUUUCUCUCCGAUCGUUAGAUUGAUUACUCAGCGAGUGACAUGAUCUAUUCGCAGAUCUGAUUUUUUUGCGAUCGUAGUUGAUCGUAGUAUGUGCAGUGGGCCUGAGCAAUCAAAUCAUAAUUCUUGUACAAUCCAAGGGGCAGCUAUUAACCAAUCGAGCAUGAAGGAUUCGAACAACUUAUCUGUAGAAACUGAUGAUUCUCUCUCCAGUUUGCUUGAAUUUGCGGCCAACAAUGAUGUAGAAUAUUUCAGAAGAUUGAUAGAGGUGAAUUUGUCUGUGGUCGAUGUGGCUGGACUUUGGUAUGUUCGCAAUAAAGGUUCAAAGCAAAUCAACCUGGAAGAAAGAACGCCACUGAUGGUAGCUGCUACUUAUGGUAGUGUGGAUGUCCUUAAGCUAAUAGUUGCGUUGCCUGAAGUUGAUUUGAAUAAAUCAUGUGGUGUCAACAAGUGGACUGCUCUCCAUUGUGCGGCUUUUGGAGGUUCUGUCCAUGCACUUGAUGUUGUAAAGUUGCUGUUAUCUGCUGGCGCUGAUCCCAAUAUUGAGGAUGCCCGUGGCUUGCGUCCAGUUGAUGUAAUUGUAGCUCCUCCCAAACUUCCUGGAGCUAAAGCUGCUCUAGAAGACUUGCUUAUGAAUAACAUUUCUGAUGCGUCUGUUGGUGAGUGCAAUUUACGGGUCACCAUAUCUGGUUCAAAUGCAUCUUCCCCUGUACUGUCAUCAUCACCGGAAAGCAGGUCUGCGUGUUCGCUGUCUGAUUUUGUAUCUUCUCCAACAGCUCCUAAGUUUGUUGAUCCUGCUCCUAAUUCUGUGUUAGAGAAGAAGCAGUAUCCUGUGGAUCCAUCUCUACCGGACAUUAGAAAUAGUAUCUAUUCAACUGAUGAAUUUCGCAUGUUCUCAUUCAAGAUCAGGCCAUGUUCUAGGGCAUAUUCUCAUGAUUGGACUGAAUGCCCUUUUGUUCACCCUGGAGAAAAUGCUCGCAGAAGAGACCCGCGGAAGUACCACUACAGCUGUGUCCCUUGCCCUGAUUUUCGAAAGGGUGCAUGCAGGCGUGGAGAUAUGUGUGAGUAUGCUCAUGGUGUGUUUGAAUGCUGGUUGCACCCUGCUCAGUAUCGGACAAGGCUGUGCAAAGAUGGCACAAGCUGUGGUAGACAGGUGUGCUUUUUUGCGCACACCCAGGAAGAGCUUCGUCCUCUGUACGUCUCUACUGGAUCUGGUGUGCCUUCUCCGAGAUCUGUGGCCUCUACCGCAAGCUUCAUGGACAUGGCUGCAGCCUUGAGCCUUUUGCCUGGCUCCCCAACAUCACAGUCAGUGAUGUCUCCUCCUGCAUUCAAUCAAAUCAUGUCCCCUACAGCAAAUGUGAUGUCUCAUUCAUCUUCUGGAGCUUGGACUCAGCCAAAUGUCCCCACUCUCAGUCUACCCGGUAGCAAUCUGCAGUCCAGUCGCUUGAGAUCUUCCCUAAGUGCUCGUGAUAUUCCACCUGAGGAUCUGAACACGUUGCGGUAUUAUGAUUCCCAGCAACUCAUUUUGAAUGACAUGGCUUGUUUUUCACAGCCACGCCCUAAUUCUGCCAUGUUAGGUUCUGGCCGCUCCCAGACAACAUUGACUCCUUCUAAUCUUGAAGAUCUUUUUUCUGCUGAGAUCACUUCAUCUCCAAGACUUUCUGAUCAGGCAGCGACUUUUGGUGUUUUUUCUCCCUCACAUAAGUCAGCUGUUCUUAAUCAGUUCCAACCACAGCAAAACAUUUUAUCAACCAUAAAUACUAAUGUUUUUUCUCCAAGAAAUGUUGAACAUCCUCUGUUUCAGGCUUCUUUUGGUGUGUCAUCUCCAAGGAUGUCACCAAGAAGCUUAGAGCCAGGAUCCCCCAUGAGUGCCCGUCUCUCAGCUUUUUCUCAGCGUGAGAGGCAGCAGCAGCAGAUGCAGAUGCGCAGCCUCAGCUCCCGGGAACUUGGGUCCAACCAUGCCCUCGUUGUAGGAUCUCCUACAAGUGCAUGGUCUAAGUGGGGACCUGUCAAUGGGAAAGUUGACUGGUCAGUUAGCGCAGAACAUGAAGGUUGUGGUGUGAAGACACCGUCCUCGUUUGAUCGCAGAGCUGAUGGAGAAGACCCCGACUUGUCGUGGGUGCAAUCACUUGUCAAAGAAUCACGACCUGAGAUGAUGGACAAAGCCGCAGCCACUGGCGCUGCACCAUCCGGUGAGUGUUUGAAACCAAAUCCUCAAACUGACUCGGCCGAUCACAUUGUUUUAGGGGCUUGGCUUGAUCAGAUGCGACUUGAUCAGCUCGUAGUCUAGCGAAACAGAUCAUGAAUUCAUUCUUACUUAGAUAAGAAAAAAGUUUAGGAAGUAUAUAAAAGUUUUUGUGCUCUUUUUUUGGCUCGCGGAAAUGAAGUGCAUGUCAAAGGCGGCAGCAGCAGCAGCAGCAAUGAUGGCUUCGCGAGUUCUUAUUGGUAACUGAAAUUUUAUUUUUUUCAUUCAAAAAGAUGUAUUGAAAACCUUACCUCAUUUAUUGAUUAUUACAACCUGAGUUUUCAUUUGUUA